AUGGCAGGACCCUCGACCUGGGGGAAGAACAUUGAUGGUCGUCCUUCACUCCUCUGGCAGGAAGAAGAAACAAAUUUGAAUAAUCAUGAUCAAACAGAAGAUGAAAUCAUAUUAAAUGCUCUAUUAUCUUUACCAGAUUUGAAGACGAGAGCCGCUAAUUUACAAACGUUGGCGCACAGUUUGUUUGCUGUGAAAUCCCCAAAAUCUCAAGCUAAUUAUCGUCGGAAUAGAAAACGUUUUAUUUCUGUUGGUGCUAUUGUCAUCGGUUUAGUCAUUGUUAUCGCUAGAGGACUAUACAUAAUAUACGUCUAGAUAGGAAACUUUCACUUAUUCUUAUCUUCUUAAUAAAAUUCAAAAUACUGUAAUUUCAUGAAGUGUUCUGCGCUAAUAGAAGACAUUUAACUGUGCCACAGGAAAAAUUUAUGCUUUUUAACGGAGUUAUGAAUUAGGCAAGGCUCUGGACCGGGAAAAUAGAAAAAUUCUUAACUUUUGAAAGAAGAACCAACCAUACAUCCAAAUCCUUUUGGGGUUUCCACUAGAACACUAUAUAGUAUCCAUCGGCAAAAGGUUGUUGAAAUCGGAGUUGGCCAGUUGGCGACGGUCCCCUGUAUGUGAGACUUGGCCUGCUAACUUCUGAUUACCAGUUGUUGAAAAAUCGCUCGACAUAAAAGAUUAAAACCAACAUGCCGCAACAUCGUCUAGCUGUAAUAUUCAAAAGAACCUCUAAUCUUCUCGCUAACCCAAUCCUUUAGAACGUAGUUGUCGUACGACCCGUAUAAUCAUUAUUAUAGUGUUGGUCACUCCUCGAAAAAUACCAGUCAAAGACAGAAUGCAUAUGCCAUCAUCAUCCUUUAAUACGGACAUAUUCCCUUAAACUCUUCAGUUAUUCUCAU